AUGACCCUCACGAAUGGCAAUAAGCGCAUCCAUGAUGCUCCAGAACCUAUCGCAAUCGUUUCUGCAGCAUGUCGAUUACCGGGGCAUGUGAACAGCCCACACAAGCUAUGGGAGCUCCUUCAAUCCGGCGGCACUGCCGUUUCCAACGAGGUGCCCAAAUCUCGGUUCAGUUCAGAGGGCCAUUUCGACGGGUCAGGCAGGCCGGGCACCAUGAAAGCCCUGAGCGGCAUGUUCAUAGAGGAUAUCGAUCCUGCCGCCUUUGAUGCUUCCUUUUUCAACCUCACCCGGGCUGAUGCUAUUGCCAUGGAACCCCAGCAGCGUCAGCUUCUCGAAGUAGUAUACGAGUGCUUCGAGAAUGGUGGUAUACCGAUUGAGAAAGUGAGUGGGAAACAAAUAGGAUGCUAUGUUGGCAGUCUGAACGGCGAUUACCACGACAUGCAGAUGCGAGACCCUGAGCAAAGGAUGUCGGGUCAUGCGGUUGGCACAGGCCGUGCCAUACUGAGUAACAGAAUUAGCCACUUCUUCAACCUCCAAGGAUCCAGUUUCACAAUUGAUACAGCGUGCUCGAGCGGCCUUGUGGGAGUAGAUGUAGCCUGCAAGAAUCUACGCGCGGGAACACUGACCGGAGCAGUCGUGGCAGGUGUCAAUCUUUGGCUAUCCCCAGAACACACUGAAGAAAGGGGCACCAUGCGGGCAGCGUACUCAGCUAGUGGCAAGUGUCACACCUUCGAUGCUAAGGCUGAUGGUUACUGCCGAGCGGAGGCUGUUAAUGCUGUGUACCUGAAGCGUCUAUCAGAUGCUAUGAGGGACGGCGAUCCUAUCCGCGCAUUGAUUCGGGGGACAGCGAGUAAUAGUGACGGGUGGACUCCUGGGAUCAACAGCCCUAGCUCCGAAGCUCAAGCGGCGAUGAUUCGCGAAGCUUAUAAAAAUGCGGGUAUCGACAGCAGCGAAUACGCCGAGACGGGAUACCUCGAGUGUCAUGGCACCGGUACACCGGCGGGAGAUCCUACUGAAGUCAAAGGCGCGGCGUCAGUGCUUGCUCAAAUGCGCCCACAGACGAGCCCCUUGAUUAUCGGAUCUGUAAAAAGCAACAUUGGGCACUCGGAGCCAGGAGCAGGUCUCUCGGGUCUCAUCAAGGCGAUGCUGGCUGUAGAGGAGGGCAAAAUCCCCGGAAAUCCAACGUUUCUCAAACCAAAUCCUGCCAUUGACUUUGAUAACCUCCGGGUACAUGCCACACGAAUAGGCAUUCCGUGGCCCAAAGAGUCAAACCACUACAGACGUGCAAGCGUCAACUCUUUUGGCUUCGGAGGCUCCAAUGCACAUGCCAUACUCGACAACGCGGAUCACUACAUUGCAAAAUAUGUGACAUCGCUCGAGAUACCUAGGCCUUACGUUAGCUCUUAUACCAAGAUGUCCGACAUGCUGUCCUUGUUUGACGGACUGCGGUCAUCUAAAACAGUCACUCAGCGUCCCCAAGUCCUGGUUUUCUCGGCCAAUGAUAUGGAUUCGCUAAAACGCCAAAUAGCAACGGUUUCAGCCCAUCUUCUCAAUCCUCGAGUCAAAGUCAAGCUCUCAGAUCUCAGCUAUACGCUCUCGGAGCGGCGAUCCCGACAUUUUUGCCGCGCAUUCCUGCUAAGCUACCCAACAAAGAGUGGACAUGCCAGUAAGAUCGCAGUGGACGAGGCUCAGUUUUCCAAGACACCGCAGGAGGCAAGAAGAGUCGGCUUUGUGUUCACCGGCCAAGGCGCGCAGUGGUCGCAAAUGGGGUUGGAACUAGUCAGAACUUUCCCAGAGACAGCUAAGCCCGUCCUCGAGCAGUUGGACAGCGUGCUCCAGGAAUUGCCAGUAGGCCUCAGGCCAGAGUGGUCGCUGCUGCAAGAGCUAACGGAAGGUCGCUCCUCCGAGCAUCUGAGCAAGCCGGAAUUUUCCCAACCUCUCGUGACAGCGCUACAGCUGGCACAACUAGCCGUCCUGAAGUCCUGGAAUGUACGACCAGAAGCUGUUAUAGGUCACUCUUCUGGUGAAAUAGCAGCCGCGUGCAGCGCAGGACUCAUUACUCCCAGGCAGGCUAUUCUGAACGCAUAUUUCCGAGGACUGGCAGGUAAAAGUGUUUUGGAAACUAGUCCGAAGGGCAUGAUGGCUGUUGGGCUGAGUGCCAAGGAUGUCCAGCCGUACAUUGAGGGCGUAAGUACAGCCGGAGCAGACGUGGUAAUCGCUUGCUACAACAGCCCGGCUAGUGUCACUCUGUCCGGUUCUGCCUCCACCUUAGCGGAGCUGGAAAGGACCAUCAAGGCAGCUGGACACUUUGCCCGAAUGUUGCGAGUUGAGGUGGCAUACCACUCGCAUCAUAUGACCAAGAUAGCCAACCGCUACGAAGAGCUGCUAAACGAGCACGGAGGGCUUGAAGAUGGCGGCAAAGGCAAUAAGAGCUCGAAUCAUAUGAUCUCAACUGUGACUGAGGAUGAGGUUACUGCAGCUCAAGUCUGUAACGCUGCAUAUUGGAAAGCGAACAUGCUGUCGCCCGUCCGAUUCGACGGGGCUUGCAACAAGAUGUUAACAACCAAGAAACUCGCUCCCAAUUUCCUCAUAGAACUUGGACCAAGCAACACGCUCGUAGGACCAGUCACCCAGAUUGCCAAAGCAGCCAAGCUUGACAACCUCACGUAUGCCGCAGCGAAUAAGCGUGGCCGCGAAGAGAGCUCCCGCGCAAUCUUCGACGUUGCAGGCAACCUGUUCCUGCAGAAUGCCGACUUCUCACUUGACAAGGUGAACAUCUGCGACAAUACACCGGAUAAGGUGAAGCCCGCGGUAAUUGUCGAUCUGCCCAACUAUCAGUGGAAACAUUCUACCCACUACUGGCACGAGAGUCUGGCCAGCAAAGACUGGAGAUUCAAGAAAUUCCCGGCCCAUGACUUGCUUGGUAGCAAAGUCCUCGGCACGCUGUGGCAGAGCCCUUCCUGGCACAGAAUGCUCCGUCUGUCCGAUGUGCCUUGGCUGCGGGACCACCAGAUCGGAUCAGAGAUACUCUUUCCCGCUGCUGGCUAUAUUACCAUGGCCAUGGAAGCUGUUCGCCAAACCGCUUUGUCGACUGCGACAGCUCAAGAUCGAGAUGUCCUGAAGACGAGAAAGUACCGUUACCGCCUUCGGGAUGUACAAUUUCCUCGAGGAUUGGUGCUCGAGGAUGAUGUCGAAGUCCAUAUCAUGCUUGUCCUAGUACCCAUGGCAAAGCUAGGGCCGGGAUGGUGGGAAUACAAAAUCACAUCUCUAGCAGAAUCGGAUUCAAUAGCAUCGUCGUCAUCGUCAACCCUGUCCCCGGAGAAAUGGAACAUUAACUCCACCGGAUUGGUUCGACUAGAGAUGAAGCCAGAUGCAUCAUGGUCUCGAGCACCAGAGGACACCUGCAGCUCGCCUUUGGAUAACCCCACACCGGGACAGAUGUGGUACAAGUCUCUAAGGGACGCCGGAUACUCCUAUGGUCCCGACUUCCAGAAACUGGUAGCAGUCGAGGGCACGGAGGGAAAGUCAGCCUCGCGCUCUCUUAUCUCUUUGGAACCGCCACGAUCCAAGUGGGAGCCGCAGUCAGAAUACCCACUGCACCCGGCUCCUCUGGACAGUGUCCUACAGAGCAUGUUCCCCUCGCUCCAUCGUGGAAAUCGAAGUAAACUAGACCAGAUACUCGUUCCCAGAGGAAUCGGCGAAAUAACCAUCUCUGGUCAUACCUGGAAGUCCGGAGAGGCAGUGUCUGUGGCCACCUGGAACAAUGUGUCGGGAGACGCGUACUUGUGCGAUCCUGCCAGUGGAUCGCUAAUCGCGGAGCUCAACAGCGUGUCAUUUUCUCCAUUGUUGGAUGGUCGAGAAAGUAUUUACAUGUCACAUAUAUAUACCCAAUUGACGUGGAAGCCAGAUUUCCAACUUUUGGAUACAGGUGAGAAGCUCCAACAAGCACUGAGCGGUGGCGAUGGCACUGCUUCUUCCCAUGUACAGGAGAUUCUCGAUUUGGUAGCUCACAAGGCGCCUAACUUGAGGGUUCUCGAGUUCAACCUCGUUCCCGGCAGUAUGGAAUCUCUGUGGCUCGCCGGAGAUCCAAUACCGCGUCCAGUUCGCACUGCCCUUUCUGAAUUCCACUUUGCUGCUAAUAGCGCAGAUACUGCGCUCGCUGCUCAAGAGAAAUAUGGAGAGUGGUCGGCGGCGCGAAUUGCCCGCUUCAGUGUGCUUGAUCCUUUCAGCAAAACCUUUACUGUACCAGCAGGAAGUUCCAAGUUCGAUCUGGUGAUAAUCAGGUGGCCUCAACAAGAUUACUCCGGCGAGCUCGAGACGCUCGCCGGCAACUUGCGCCGUCUUACUUCCGAGGGCGGCAGUGUGGUAUUUUAUAAUCCCGAACUGUCCAAUCCGUCAGAAGGUCGAGGUUUAGUGAACGGGCAUAACCAUUUCCAUGCUGCACUGCAACGCUUUGGUCUCACUAAGGUUCGCCAGACGACGGAUGGGAGUUGCAUCGUCGCAGAGGUCAGCUGUGAACAGAAUCCCUCACUCCACAAUAAUUCCAGAGUGGUUAUUGUGCGUUUCUCAUCUGCGCGGUCCACUACUAUCGAUCACACCAUUUUGCAGCUGCGAGAAUUUGGUUGGAGCUUUACUGAGAUUUGCAUCAAUGAUGGAUCCGACCAUGAAUGGACCGCACUGCAAGCGAUAAUACAGACGGAGUGUAACUUGCUUUGGGUGACGCAGGGCUCGCAAAUCAAGCCUACUGCGCCGCUGAAGGCCGUCGCCCAUGGUAUUUUCCGUACUGUCCGUGCCGAGGUACCCAUGAUUCGCAUUGUGGCUCUGGACGUCGAGUUAGCUACAACGGAGAGUUUGGGCAGAAACGUGUCUGCCAUCGAUAUGGCUCUGAAAGAGAUAGCUUCAGUGGAGAGAUCUCGUCCAAUUGAGUGCGAGAUUGCUGAAAGAGGCGGUCUCUUACAUGUCAGCCGUGUAUGGCCGGAUGCUGGGGUGAAUAAACGCAAGGUGGAAGACAACGCAGGAGGUCCAUCACCUGUGCUAACCAAUUUCCACGACUCCAAGUCUAACAUUUGCUUGGUUACAAGCAGACCUGGUAGUUUGGACGCGCUACAUUUCGCCGAGCAAGGUCUAGACAGGUCCAGUGGUCAAGUGAUGGGACCGGAUGAGGUUGAGAUCGAGAUAUUUGCCUCCGGUUGCAACUCCAGAGAUGUUGAUGUGGCUAUGGGCUAUAUCUCUGGGGACUCGGAUGGACUCGGCUUGGAGGGUGCUGGCGUGGUCGUCCGCGUAGGCGACUCCGUCAGCACUCGGUAUGUCGGUCAGCGCGUGGCAGUGUUUGGCAGAGGCUGCUUUGCCAACCGAGUCACCGUCUUGUCCAAGGCUACCCUUCCUUUGCCUGAUGCUAUGUCGUUUGAGGAGGCUGCAACGCUACCAGUCGCCUUUCUCACCGGUUUAUACGCGCUGGGUCAACUCGCACCUGUACAGGGAGAUGAUCGCGUCUUGGUCCAUUCAGCUUUUACUGAUGUCGGGAUCGCCUGCAUCCAACUCUGCCAGCGUUUGGGUUGUAAUGCCUUCGCGACGGUGGGCAACCUGGAGCAGCGCCAUUUUCUGGCUCAGGAGCUUGGACUACCGGAAGAUCAUAUCUUCAUGUCGGAGUCUGCAGCAUUUCCUCGCGCUCUACACCACGCUACCAAGGGCCAUGGACUUGACAUUAUUAUCAGUCAGCCUACAAACGGCAAUCUGGACUAUGAGAAUGCGCGGUUACUUGCCCCUGGCGGACGACUUAUCAGGAUAACAAACGGAGCCGCCGAUGUUGGCAAUUUACUGUUUACUGGAUCACUCGCUCCCAACUGUUCUGUCCAGAGCUUGGAUGUAACAGCCUUACCAGAGGAAACUAUCGCAUCUGUGUUCUCGGAACUGUCUCUGCUCAUCGCAGAUGGCAAUGUGCCGCCCCUAUUACCAAGCACACUUUUGGGUUAUCAAGAGAUACCCAAGGCACUUCAACUUCUUCGAGAAGGUACUCUCAUUGGAAAGAUCGUUAUUUCUGACGAUCGUGGUACGAAGCUUGCCAUUCCGACCCAACCUGCUCCGGCUUUGGCACAAAGUAUUCUUAACCCUGACCACUGUUAUCUCUUUGUGGGAGGUUUGAAAGGUAUCUGUGGCAGUCUUGCCAUCCAUUUAGCCUCCCACGGGGCCAAGAACAUCGCCGUCAUGUCCCGCAGUGGUUGUGGAGACAAUGUAUCCCAGAGCAUCGCGCGAAACAUCAGAGCACUGGGGUGCUCUCUUGACGUGCUUCGAGGCGAUGUCACUUCUAUCAGCGACGUCAGGCAGGCUUUUAGCCAAGUCUCGGUUCCCGUUGGUGGAAUCAUCCAAGGAGCCGCCGUAUUCAAAGAUCGGACGUUUGAAUCCAUGUCUCACGCAGACUACCACGCUGCUUUGUCGAGCAAGGUGACGGGCACAACCAACCUACAUACAGUCUCUCUCGAAACGAAUCAACCGAUCUCAUUCUUCACCAUGCUGUCUUCCAUUUCAGGCGUGAUAGGCCAGAAGGGGCAAGCCAAUUAUGCUGGUGGUAAUGCAUUCGAAGAUGCCUUCGCAGAAUAUCGCCGCGCAUCAGGACUGCCCGCCAUUAGCAUUGACCUCGGACCUAUCGAAGACGUCGGUGUCAUUCACGGUAACGAAGAUCUACAGAACAGGUUUGACGGAAGCACCCUGCUUAGCAUCAAUGAGGGUUUGCUGCGCCGAAUCUUCGACUACUCUAUCCUUCAGCAGCAUCCAGAUCCCCAUUGCCGUCUGAAUGUCAACAGCCAAGGCCAAAUGAUUACCAGUCUACUUGUUCCCCAGCCUGAAGACAGCGAUCUGCUCAGUGAUGUCCGCUUUAGGGGCUUGCGAGUCCUCGGAGCGGAUAGUCCACGUUCACGAGGGGACCCUACUAGAGAUAAAGAAAUCCAGAGCCUAUUGUUUCUGGCCCAAUCCCAGGAUCCCGAUCGUGCAGCCCUGCGCGCCGCAGCUACGACGGUCGUGGGUGCGCAGUUGGCAAAGCAGCUACGCUUAACUGACGCGUUAGACUCGGCACGUCCCUUGUCGUACUACGGGUUAGACUCACUGGCGGCUGUAGAGCUACGGAACUGGGUACGUAUGACAUUGGCGAUAGAGCUCACCACAUUGGAUGUAAUGAAUGCGGCAAGCCUGGGAGAAAUGUGUGAUAAGAUCCUCGGGAAGAUGGGAGUUGUCAUGUAG